GAGACAGGCAAUGGCUGGAAAUUCUCACUUCAUUUGGAUUCCCCUGCUUCUCUCCUGUAUCUGUCAAGCUUCUGACAACAGACACGUCCAACAUGAUGAGACGGUUCUUGUCAAAAAUGCAGGAAUUUCAGAGUUGGACAAAAUCCUUUCAAGGAUCCCAAUAACACUACCAGAGGGAAUUGAUCCCAAGAAUGUAAAUGUCACGUCAAUUACUAUCAAAACCUGUUCUGGUAUGAAGGAAGAGUUAGCAUUGCUGAACAGGCAACUUCAGCAGACAACUCUCCACAACAGCAAACUAGAUGAGGAAGCCUUUGGGCUGAGGAGGGAAGCCAGACAGCUGAGACUGAAGCUUGCUACUUGCACUUCGACAACCUCAACAAUUACCGUCUCUUAUCAAACCCAGCUGCAGAAUAAAGUGAAAGAGGAGCUGGAGAAGUUUGAUAGUGACACAUUUCUGGUUCUGAAAAUCCUUGCACUCACCAGGGAGGUGAAAACAUUAGAGAACAAGAUCAAACUUGCUGCUAAUUCUUCUGAAAUUACCACUGGCCCCACAGAGCUACAGCGUGAGCUGCAAGAGAAGAUCGCUGAACUGAAUGCUAAGCAGCAGCAAAUUGAAAGAACCCGCACAACUUCAGCACUAAUUCUUCAGAUCAUCUCACUGCAAAAUCAGAUCUGGGAUGUAGAACAGGAAGUAUCAAGAAGAGGAGAAACUGGUCUUCAGGACAACAGUAAAAUUAUGGCUCUACAAGAACAACUGGACAAGAAGAUCAGCGAGCUACAACGCAAAGAAGACGAGACCUCACCUGUCCUGGAGCUGACUGCUGUGAGCAGUAAGAUUGCAGCGAUAGAGAGGCUCAUCAGUUUCCACACUGAGAAAUCCAGUACUAGUACUGCUGAUUACCAGAGGCAAAUGAAAGAAAAGACUGAUCUCCUUAAAAAGAAGAUUUUACAGUUGAACCGCGAGGAGAGAAACACAGACCUUACCAACGAAAUUUUGACUCUGCAGGCUGAAAUGUUGCAUAUUAGGCAAUUAAUGUUGAGCUCCAAAACAUUAUCUGAUGCCCGACUUAAAGAGCUGAAAUCUUAUUUGGAGGCAGAGAAGAAACUACAAGAAAACUUAGAGAAACAACUAGGGGCAGUCGAGCCUGACCAGUCACAACGGAUCUUGAACAUCAUCACCUUGAUGAAAGAGCUGAGAGAGCUGAAGAAUGAUGAGCAACAGCAGACAACACCAAUAAACCAACUCAGCCGUCUUCAGACUCUGCUUCAAGCCAAAGAAAGGGACUAUGCCAAAGCUCAGGCUGACAUAAAAGAGCUGCAGGAGAAACUGGAGUUAAAGAGUAAAGAAUGCUCUGGACUUGAGGAAAGAUAUGCAAAUGUAAAGACUGAAUUUGAGCAGAAGAUCGCAGAACUCAACAGAACCGGAGACUCCAAAGCGGCACUCAUUCUGAACGUGAUAAACUUGCACGAUGAGCUGAGAACUCUGACGGAUCUUAUCUCUAAAACACAAGACCCAGACAGCCUCUCAGAGCUGCAGAAGCAACUGGAGGAGAAGCAAGAACAACUGAACUCCAAGACUGCUCAAAUAAAGGGACUUAUUGCCAACCCCAAAAUAAUUUUAACAAUCAUUGAGCUGCAGAAUGAAAUCUGGGACCUUCAGAAUAAGGGUGCCAAUGGGACCACAAGUAACCGUAUAAAAGAGUUGCAAUCCAGAGUGGACAGCCUCAUCAGCGACAUAGAUGGCAAAGGCAACGAAAACACGAAACUGAUGCUGAAAAUCAUGACGCUGCAGAGUCAGGUGGAGCAGCUGCAGAAACAGCUGGCAGACCUCGAUGUGUUACGAACCUCUCAGGUAACCGAGCUGGGGUUUGAUCUGAGGACCAAGAGGAAAGAACUGCAGGACUAUGUCAAUGAGCUCCAUGAGAAGAAUCAGACGAACACCAGACUGAUUCUGACAGUCACUAAUCUGCGCAACCAACUCAGAAACCUAGAAGAAGAACGUCGCAGUGAUAACACCACAUCGUCUUUAACAAUUACUCAGCUGCAGGAACAGCUGAGGGCGAAAAGGGUGACGUACUCACGUGAUCAGGCCGCGAUCAAGACCCUUAAGAAUCUGCUUCAAGCUGAACAAAAGACAUGCGAAUUAGCUCAGGCUCAGGUCACAGAUCUGCAGAGUAAACUGAAGUUAAAGAGUGAAGAAUGCUCUAGUCUUGAGGAAAGAUAUACGGAGACAAAGACUGAACUGGAGCAGAAGAUCGUAGAGCUCGACGGAGCCGGAGACUCUAAAGCGGCACUCAUUCUCAACGUGAUAAAUCUGCACGAUGAGCUGAAGAGUCUGACGGAUCUGAUCUCAACCACAGAAGAACCAGAAAAGAUCGUAGAGCUGCAGAGACAGCUGGAGGAGAAGCAGGAAGAGCUGAAGUCCAAGACGGCAGACAUCCAGAGAGUGAUUGCCGACCCCAAAAUAAUUUUAACAAUCAUUGAGCUGCAGAAUGAAAUCUGGGACCUUCAGAAUAAGGGUACCAAUGAGACCACAAGUAACCGUAUAAAAGAGCUGCAGGCCAGAGUGGACAGCCUCAUCGGUGACGCAGGCGAGAAAGGCAACGAAAACACAAAACUGAUGCUGAGGAUCAUGACGCUGCAGAAUCAGGUUGAGCAGAUGCAAAGACAGUUGUCAGACGUCAAGGCAGUAAAAUCCACACAGGUGACCCAGCUUGAAAACGAUCUUGAUACGAAGAAGAACGAGCUGCAGAGAUAUGUCGAUGAGCUGAGGGAGAAGAAUCAGGAAAAUGCCGAACUGAUUCUGUCCAUCACUGGUCUGAACAACCAGCUCAGACAGCUACAGGAAGAAAAGCAAAAUGAGGGCCAGAAAACUUCUGCUUCAAUUACCAAGCUAAGAGAACAACUGAAGAUAAAAGCAGAGGAGCACUCUCGUGAUCAGGAUACCAUCAAAGCUCUGGAGAGUAAACUGAACCAGACGGAGGCACAGUGUUCCAGUCAUGAGCAGGAGAUUAAAAAGCUGCAAAGUGACCUGGACGAGAACAUGAAGAAGCUGGAGUCUGAAUCUAACAGUGUCACGACACUCGCUCUUCAAGUUUCUACAUUGAGCAUGCAACUGGAGGAGUUACAGAAACAACUGCAAAAAACUGAAUCCAAAGCCAAGAUAAAAGAGCUUCAAGCACAAAUAGAGGAAAAGAAUAAGGAGUUGGCCAAAAAGACAGAGGAGCUGAAAACAAGAAGCGCUCAACCACAGAGACUUCUACAGAUUAUCACAAUACAAACAGAGAUAGAGAAGUACAUGAAUGCUGCAGCAAACGACACAGACUACGUUAGGAUCACAGCACUCCAAGACCAUUUGAAUUAUCUCGUUGAGGGAAUUCAAGAUGAAAAAGAUGAAAAUACCAAACUGGUGUUUCAGGUCCUCACUCACCAAGAUGAAAUAGCAAGACUGAAGAAGCAAGAGGAUAAUCAGAGACAAGCUCUGUUAGACAAGAUCAAAGCCCUGGAGGAUGAACUGGACGACGUCAGACGUCAGAUAGCAGAGAAGUCGCAGCUGCUGGAAUCACAUGACAUGAGGAUUCCUAAUCUGUCGACUCAAAUAAUUGAGCUUCACCAGAGAAUCAAACCACUGGAAGAUGAAAUAUCAACCCUCAAUGAAACAUAUGCUGAGAAUAUGGCAGAGCUUCAGGCGAGACUGACUUUGACACAAAAGCAACUGCAAGACAGUGAACUUCGUCUCAAGGACACAGAUGCAAAGAAUUUUAACUCGAUAAUGGAAAUCGCUGAUCUGAGGGCACAGCUGAAAAAGGCUCAGAAAAAGGCAUCCAAAGCUGCGGAAAAAAAUAUCAAUGACCUGGAACUGCAACUUCAAUUGCAACAAAAAGAGAACAAAAAGCUGGAAAUCACAAAUAGAGACUUAAAGCAAGAGGUCAAAGAACUGAAAAUGUGCUGCAAUGAUGCCAACACCCACUGUGAAGAAUUAAAAAGACAACUGCAACAGAGCCAGGAGGAUGCAGAUCGCCUGCAGCGGCAGCUGAGGGAGAGGGACGCUGCCUUCAAACAGCUGCAGCAGGAUUUUAAAGACCAGACCGAGGAGAAUCAAAAACUGCAGUCUGAAAACAGCAACAAGGAGAGGCAGGUGAAAGACGCUGUGGAGAACGCUGCUAACCUACAGCAGCAGCUGCAGGAGAAGGACGCCUUGAUCAACCAGCUGCAGCAGGAGGUAGACCAACGGACCGCGGACUAUCACAAAGUGCAGGACGACUACGACAACCUGCAAAAUGAGAAGAACGAUCUUGAGAGCAGAGUGCAAGAUCUUCAAGACAAACUAACUGAUGUGGAAGAUAAGACGAUCCAUAUCAGUAAGAUGACUUUUGAUCCGAACACAGCACACCCAAGAAUAUCUCUGUCUGCAGAUAAAACUGAGAUGUCCACUACUGAGGAAAUACUUGUCCGCGACAAUCCAAACCGGUUUGAUGUGGUUCUCGCUGCCUUGGGCAAGUCUGGCUUCUCAAGUGGCAGACAUUACUGGGAGGUGUCUAUAACUGGGAAGCUUUGUUACCACAUUGGCAUGUCCAGUGAAUCUGCUCCAAGAAAGGGAUCAUUUCCAUUCAGUCCAACAAAUGGCUACUGGACUAUAGUGAUGAACAAACAGGGCCAGCAUAGAGCUUUAGAUAGGAGACCUGUUUCUAUUUCAAUUACAACGCAACCUCUUCAACUGGGUGUUCUGCUGGACUACAAGGCCGGGCAGAUCUCUUUUUAUGACUCUGGUGCCAGAGCUCAUAUGUACACAUUUGUGGGUCAAAAGUUUACAGACAAAAUUCAUCCAUUCAUCAAUUACUGUGUUGAUGAGGUUGAAAAUCCAGCUCCAAUAGUUUUACUUACUCCGGGAUCAGCUGACUGGAUAAAAUAAAUAACUGUGCAAGUUACAUUUUGUCCUAUGUGUCAAAGCUUAGCAGUUUAACUCAUUUGUAAUCAUCGCAGUAGGUAAUAAAAGAGUCCCUGAGAAUGUAGAGGUCUUACACACACUUCUGUUAGUACUGCUGUUGUAUGUUUCAGACAAUAAAAACACAGACAAC